AUGCUUCCCCGGGCGGGUAAAGAGUUUCUGGUCCGUAUACGGUUCUCCUGGAGGCCGUUUUUCCAGGGCCGGUACCUGCUGCUUACUAACACCCUGAGUGGAGGAUUGAUGCUGUCGCUGGGAGACAUCCUGCAGCAGACCCGCGAGAACCGCAGGGAGCCAGGCAGAAUCCGAGACUGGGGGAGGACAGGUCGCAUGUUUGCGGUUGGCUGCUCCAUGGGUCCACUGCUGCACUACUGGUACCUCUGGUUGGACAGAGUUUAUGUGGGCAAAGCACUAAAGACACUGAGCAAAAAGGUUCUGGUGGACCAGAUCGUCGCCUCACCGACGCUGGGAAUGUGGUAUUUCUUAGGUAUGGAUCUUAUGGAGGGACGCACUUUAUCAGAAGGAUGGGCAGAGUUUCGGGAAAAGUUCUGGGAGUUUUAUAAGGUGGACUGGUGCGUUUGGCCCGCUGCCCAGACGAUCAACUUCUACUUCCUGUCGCCCAAAUUCCGUGUCGUGUACAUCAACUUUGUCACUUUAGGAUGGGACACCUACCUCUCCUACCUCAAACACAGAGAUGAAGACCAACAAGCUGAAGCAGCGUCAGACGUCCGUGUCGAGUCACAGCAGAAAGGACUUCCAGCGUCUGAACCUCUGGAGGAAAAAGCUUAA